AUGACCGUUCAUUCCGGCGACGUCCAAAGGCUUUUCAUCCAGGCCGUCAUCUCCCGGCGCGUCCUCUCCCAGCGUCUUGCCGCCACGAUUUGGAAAAAAUGCAUAGAGGCCACGAAAGCCGCGAACGAAACGCUCAGCAUACAAUAUCGCGACGACCGUGCGUCGUGGGACACGUUCGUGACGAGUAUCAACGACACGCUCAACUUGCUCGACCUCGAGUUCGCGCACCUGCACGACGAAGGGAGUGGCAAGGAGCUCUAUGCUAUCGUGAACAGGAAGGGCGAUGAGAUCGCGCAGAUGGCGACGGAGUACAGCGCGCUUGAGAUCGCGUACUUCAAGGCCGUGGUCGAGCAGAUCAUGCUCGCACCGAACGAGUCGUUUUGCGUGUCAUCCCUGGCCGCCCUUCGCGAGACGAACAGCCUGAAGACCUCGAGCAUGACCAAGUCGCAAGCCGAGUCCACGCUGGGCAGCUUCGUCGCCAACGGCUGGCUGGUCAAAAGUCGACAGGGGCGGUACUCCCUCUCCACGCGCACGGUCAUGGAGCUGCAGACGUACCUGCGGCAGACGUACGAGGACCAAGUGGUGGACUGCACGAUCUGCAUGGAGCUCGUCACGCGCGGCGUCGCGUGCCCCACGCCACAAUGCAAGACGCGCCUCCACCCGCACUGCCUGACAACCUACCGACGGCGCACACAGGCGUGCCCGACGUGCAAGGAGAACUGGUCAAGCAUGGAGCUCCGGCCUGUGGGCGAGGUCGCGUUUAAGGAGGGCCAGGACCAGAUGCGGCAGCGGGUGCGGAGGCAGACGUCGGCCGAGGAAGAUGAGGACGUGGAUGACGAGGGGGAGGUCUACCCGGACUCGGACGGAGAGGCGGACGGCGGGAACGCAGGGCCGUCGCAGCCCAACAGCAAAGGCAAAGGGAAGAAGGCGCGCGAGAGCACCAUGGAUGUGGAGGACAGAGACUCGCCCCAACCUCAGAAGCGGAAGGCCCGCCGAUAG